CACAUUAUUUUCCCCCCUUCUCCCUCAUUUCAAGGAGCUCCCCUUAAGUGCCAAAACGUCUUCCCCACCCCACCCCCAACUUAGAUCCCACACAAAACCUUCUCUCUAGAAAACACAAAGAAUAGCAAAAAUUAAAUAGACAAAAAAGUGUUUCUUUUAAUAUUAGAGAAGGAAUUAUCAAUAUGAUGGAUGCAGUAAAAUUUGUGGUGGAGGCGUCAGAGGCAGAGUCCCUUACCAAUAAACUAGGCCUACCUUCUGUCCACCACCUCCUCCCUGCCUUAGUUCAACCCGCUCAAUCCCUAGCCCGUCCACCUAUCUCCAACUACCCUGUCGCCGCAGUUGGUCUAGGAUCUGACGGUCGUCUCUUCCUCGGUGUUAACCUUGAAUUCCCUGGAGUACCCCUUCACCACUCUGUCCACGCCGAACAGUUUCUUAUAACCAAUCUCGCUGUCCACCGCUGCCCCCGCCUCCUUGCAUUUGCUGUCUCGGCUGCCCCCUGUGGCCACUGUCGACAGUUCCUUCAAGAAACACGUAACUCUUCUGAUAUCAAAAUCCAUAUCACAUCCACUCAAAACAAUCCUGACAUGUUUGAACCGUUGCGUGAUAUCUUGCCUAACCCGUUUGGUCCGUUUGAUUUGUUGGAUGAUGAAACUCCUUUGCUCCUUGAGAGGCAUAACAACGGUUUAUCCCUCUCCGAAGAUCUGUGCAAUGGGUUUUCAGUGAAUUCGGGAAAUCUAAGCAAUGGUUCUAACAAGAAUGAGAUUUCAGUGAAUUCGGGAAAUCUGAGCAAUGUUUAUGAGAUUUCAGGGAAUUCGGGAAAUCUGAGCAAUGGUUAUGAGAUUUCAGUGAAUUCGGGAAAUCUAAGCAAUGGUUCUGACAAAAACGGGAGUACCCUUUUAAGGAUUGCAGCAUCGGAAGCUGCUAACGAUUCACACGCACCGUACAGUGGGUGUCCAUCAGGGGUGGCACUUAUGGAUUGUGAGGGGAAGAUAUAUAGAGGUUCUUAUGUGGAAUCUGCUGCUUAUAAUCCAAGUUUAGGGCCAGUGCAAGCGGCAUUGGUGGCUUUUGUUGCCAGAGGUGGUGGUGGAUAUGAACAGAUUGUGGCGGCGGCUUUGGUGGAGAAGGAAGGUGCAAAGGUAAGGCAAGAGGAUACUGCUAGGCUGUUUCUCAAGUUGGUUUCUCCUAAAUGUGACUUGAAGGUGUUUCAUUGCUGUUUUGCUGAAAAUGGGUGUAAAAAGAUUGAUGAUUGAUCUGAUUUUAACCAAUAUUUGUUCAUUCUGCACUUGUAAGUUGCCUUGUAAAAAUUAUCCAGUUUGAUGAGAAUUAAUGAAUCAAUAAAACAUAAAUAAUUCACCCCUUCUCAUCA